ACUGCUACCAACAUAAUUCAAAAACUUCAACGAAAAUGAAUUUUUUCCGCAAUUCUAAUCAAUUAGUUAAGAAUGGGGCCCGGUUAACUCAGUUAUUUAGUACGCAAGCGAACAAAGAAAUCGAGAAAUUGGUGCAGAAUAAUAAAGUUGUGGUUUUUAUGAAGGGGGUGCCUGAACAGCCCCAAUGUGGGUUCAGCAACGCUGUAGUGCAGAUUUUACGUAUGCACGGGGUUAAAUAUGACGCCCACAAUGUCUUGAAGGACGAUAGUUUAAGACAGGGUGUUAAGGACUUCUCUAAUUGGCCAACGAUUCCCCAGGUGUAUAUUAACGGCGAAUUUGUAGGAGGGUGCGAUAUUUUGUUGCAAAUGCACCAAUCCGGAGACCUUAUUGAAGAGUUGAAAAAAGUUGGCAUUAAAUCUUCUUUAUUAGAGAAAGAAACCCUUGAAAAAUAGUGUAAAUGUAUUAAUUAUCAAUAGUUAUUAAGUAUGUUUCUGUAAAUAAAGCUCGUCAGUCUUAUUUAUGCA